UUCAGUUCAAUGGAAUUAUUUUAAGCUCUAAAAAUAAAACUUUAGAAUUCAUAGCAGAUGAAAAAUAUCCAACUUAUACUCUUACGACAAACAAAAUUGAAUAUAAAGCUGAUGAAUAGACCAUUAAAACAUUUUCUAUAUCAAAUAUGGAAACAUUAGAAUAACCGAUCUACCUCUAAACAAUUCAACUACAAUUUAUUAUCAUGGGAAGCUAAAAAUGAAGAGGGAUCAUUUAAAAUAAGUUGGAAACAAAAAAAAACAACAUGUAUAUCAGUAUCAUAUAUAUUAAAAGAUAUUUCAAAAUGCACUUUUUCAAUGGAAAUAAUUAAUGACGAUAACCUGGAUAUAGUAUACUCACAUAAUUUUCAAGAAGCGGAAGAUUUAAAAACUGUACUUAUCAAAGAAGAUAAAUUAUUAUUAACAAAUGUAACCUACAGUAUAAAUAUGAAACUACAAAAAAAAUUUGAAAUUAAAAAAGUAUAUCAACAUAGAGGUUAUUAUGAUCAGUAUAGUCAGUUUAUUUUUGAAAAAGUGUAUGCAGAAGGUUGUACAGUUGGAAUUAAACGAAUAACUCAGUGCUUAGAUGAAUAUGCAAAUGAAGAAAUAUUAACAAUAACUACUGAAGAAUUGCAAAAGAUAUACCCAUCACCUAUAAUAUUCAACGUCUAUCCAUUUGAGCAAGAUCGAAUGUACGCCACUGGAUAAAUGUAUAUGUCCUCCUGGUUUCAAAGGGGAUAAUUGUGACAAUG